UUUACGGCGGCGCACGGCCAGAGGCGCGAGUGGAGAGUGAGGCGGGCGAGUCGGCUUCUCCCAAGCGGGAGUCGGUGUGCGAGGAGCCCAGCCCGUAGCUGGGCCGGGCCUGUGUGGGCCUCCACCGGCCGCAGGGCCGCGCCGGGCAGCCGUCGCCUCGUCCCGCUUCUCCGCUGAGGCGCCGCGCGGCCGGGCGGGGAUCCAGGCCUCAGCCGGCGCCAGGGCCUCCGGGGCCCUGCGGGGCUCAGCAUGCCCGGGGUGAAGCUGACCACCCAGGCUUACUGCAAGAUGGUGCUGCACGGCGCCAAGUACCCCCACUGCGCCGUCAACGGACUGCUGGUGGCCGAGAAGCAGAAGCCGCGCAAGGAGCACCUGCCCCUGGGCGGCCCGGGCGCCCACCACACCCUCUUCGUGGACUGUAUCCCCCUUUUCCACGGCACCCUGGCCCUCGCCCCCAUGCUGGAGGUGGCCCUUACCCUGAUUGAUUCAUGGUGCAAAGAUAAUAGCUAUGUGAUUGCCGGUUAUUAUCAAGCUAAUGAACGAGUCAAGGAUGCUAGUCCAAACCAGGUCGCAGAAAAGGUGGCCUCCAGAAUCGCCGAGGGCUUCAGCGAUACGGCUCUCAUCAUGGUAGACAACACUAAGUUUACGAUGGACUGCGUGGUGCCUACGAUCCAUGUGUACGAACACCAUGAAAACCGAUGGCGGUGCAGGGACCCACACUAUGAUUACUGUGAAGACUGGCCAGAGGCCCAGAGGAUCUCAGCGUCACUCCUGGACAGCCGGUCCUACGAAACACUUGUGGAUUUUGAUAACCACCUGGAUGACAUUCGGAAUGACUGGACAAACCCAGAGAUCAAUAAAGCUGUUCUGCAUCUGUGCUAGGGAGGGGUUUUAGUGACUGGUCUCUGGGCGUUUCCACUACACUGAAGAAGAAAGCUAUUUUUAAAUGUAAAUAAGAUCUCUCGUAGCCUGUGUGGGAAGCGGACAGUUAGCAGAGGUGGUUGUGCCCUGAUAGGGCAGAGUGUCCCUCACCAUCUUUCUAAUUCAGAGUCUCUAGAAGAGGUGCACACUGUCCCACCUGACCGUCCCGUGGAGUCCUUCCCAGUUAUAUGUUGCCCUAAUCCUCCAAAUCAAAGCUGUUUCUGCUUGUCUGAGAUUGUUCCUAUUAAACAGUUUUAACUAACCUUU